CCUGGGUAAGUGAGCUGGGCCGGCUGACGUCAGGGUGGUGAUGAAGGGGAGGGCCGGGUUGCUGAACUAUAAUGAUAGGUCAAAUCAAAUAGGAUCACCUCGGGACGGAGCCCUGCAAACUGGAUAGAGAGUGUCCCCAAGCCAUGGUCCCUACCAGCCGCAGCUCAGUCUGGGUCCCACUGCUCUCUACCCGAGUGCCUGUAUCAGGCUUUGGUUUCAUGUCAGCAGCCUUCAUCUGCCUUCCAAAAAUAAGCCCCUGCCGCCAUGCCGCGGGGAGAAAAACAAGAAGGGCGGUAUUUUUAGGGCCAUUAAUUCUGACCACGUGCCUGAGAGGCAAGGUGGAUGGCCCUGGGACAGACGCUGUUCAUCACUAUGUUCCGGGGAGUAGGACGUGUUCAGGGCACGCUGCAGGCUCUCGUCUUCUUAGGCGUCCUAGCGGGCAUGGUAGUGCCCUCACCGGCGGGUACUCGUGCUAACGGCACGCUACUGGACUCCAGAGGCUGGGGCACCCUCCUGUCCAGGUCUCGAGCUGGGCUAGCUGGAGAGAUUUCGGGUGUGAAUUGGGAAAGUGGCUAUUUGGUGGGCAUCAAGCGGCAGCGGAGACUCUACUGCAACGUGGGCAUUGGUUUCCACCUCCAGGUACCUCCCGAUGGCCGGAUCAGUGGAACACACGAGGAGAACCCCUACAGCCUGCUGGAAAUUUCCACAGUAGAGCGGGGUGUGGUGAGCCUCUUCGGUGUGAAAAGCACCCUCUUCAUUGCCAUGAACAGUAAAGGAAGACUAUACACAACGCCCAGCUUCCAAGAGGAAUGCAAGUUCAGAGAAACCCUCCUUCCAAACAAUUACAACGCCUAUGAGUCAGACCUGUACAGAGGGACCUACAUUGCACUGAGCAAAUAUGGACGGGUAAAGCGAGGCAGCAAGGUGUCCCCAAUCAUGACUGUCACUCACUUCCUCCCCAGGAUAUAAGGACCCAUGAGUGAAGGAAGGCUCAGAAAGUGACAGCUGCAUCUUUUCUGUUGGAAUUUUCCGCAAGAGAACAAUUCUGCUCUCUGCUCGUAUCCUGUGAUACGAGCUUAUCUUG